AUCACCAAGUUCGCGGAAGUCGUCAAUUUGUCGGUUGUAACGUCACCAUUUGUGUUUACCUCAGACUGUCGGCACAGGAAAAGUAACUAUUUUGAGCAGAAAAAUGUUAAAGAACUGGGGCACAUGGCUCGGUUUAGACCACGGGAAUGAUGGAGUUACACAGCAAGGCGACUCUGUUGAUGGUAAUGACACCAACAGUCAUGAAAUGAACAAAAAGCCUGCUGCCGAUGGCAGUGAGCAGACCACUGUGCAGUCCCCUCCACUUGUUCAGAAAGCAAAGGGUUUCGGUGGUUACAUUUACAAUUUUGCCAGCAGUGCCUCUAAGAAACUAUCUGAGUCCCUUGCUGAGACAGCACAAACCAUCAAGAAAAGUGUGGAAGAGGGAAAGAUCGAUGGCAUCAUUGAUAAGACCAUUUUGGGUGAUUUUCAGAAGGAGCAAGAAAAGUUUGUUCAGGAGAAAAAUGCAAAAAAGACAGAUGCUGCUGUGCCACCAUGGGUUGGUUAUAAUGAAGAGGAGACCAUCCAGCAACAGAUUUUAGCUCUCUCAGCGGACAAACGCAAUUUUUUACGAGAUCCCCCUGCUGGGGUGCAGUUUCACUUUGACUUUGAACAAAUGUACCCAAUCGCCAUGGUGAUGUUGGAGGAAGAUGAACUCCUCAGGAGGAUGCGGUUUCAUCUAGUACCAAAACAGGUAAAGGAGGAAGUCUUCUGGAAGAAUUACUUCUACCGUGUGUCCUUGAUAAAACAGUCAGCUCAGCUCACAGCUCUGGCAGCCCAACAGGCUGCUGAGAGGAGGGAGGGGGAGAAAAAUACACCCAGUCCUGCAGAUGCACAUCAAACAGAAGCAGUUCCAUGGAAAACUCCCCCUACCGUCAUCAAUGCCAAAUCUAAGCCCAGUGAGGAUGAAGAUGGGAUCUCCACGAGCCCAAGCGUGUCUGAAUUUGUCAGCGAUGCCUUUGACUCCUGUAAGAUAAACAAGGAGGAUCUGCGUAAAGAAAUGGAGCAACUGGUUCUGGACAAGAGAGGAAAUCCUCACACACAGGAGGAUGAGACCCCAGACUGGGAGAGGGAGUUGCAGCUGGAACUUCAGGAGUAUGAGGUGGUGGCUGACAGCGAGAACCAUGAUGACAGCUGGGACAAGGAGAUCGAGGAGCUGCUGCAGGAGGACAGCUGAGUACCUCUGUUACAUACAGACUCCUCCAGCCUUAACUUAAAAAAAAAAAGACCAGAAACAACUCCUGCCAACAGCCUUCAUGUACCUACUAUAAUAAUAUGUUGUAUUCAUGGUCUAAUAUUUGAAGACCUUCCAAGCAU